GUGACGGCACAAGAAGGCAAGGCUAGCUAGGGUGCGGUUGACAAAAGAUGGAGUCUCAUAGUUUCUCACCUGGAGUCCCUGAUACUUAUGAUUUAUCCUCGAAGAAAGAAGAAACAGUGAAGAAAGUAUAUUCAAAUGCAAUGAAGAAAGGAAGUACUACCGCGAAGUUGACAAAAACUGAAACUGUUGGCUCUGCUCCUCCCAUAAGGACGUCUCAGAGACAAAUAAAGCGACCUAAAAUGGACGAUGAAGUAAUUGACUUUGAAUCUUCUUCACGAGGAAGUACUAGUAAGAAAAUGAAAGCUAGCCCGAGCUCAAAUAUUAUACCAAAGAGCUCUACGACAGCUUCAAAAUCUGGAACUGCUAGCCAGAAAAAAGUAAAGCCAAAGUUUGUUUCUGCAGCUAAAGAUUUAGGUCGAUGGCGUCCGCCAGAUGAUCUCAUGUUAAUCAGCGCUGUCUUGCAAACUAAUGAUUUAGCUGCUGUGCAUUUAGGGGUAAAAUUUUCAUGCAGGUUCACUCUCAAAGAAAUAGAAGAAAGGUGGCAUGCAUUACUAUAUGAACCUCAAAUUUCGAAAUUGGCUAUUGAUGCCAUAAGAAGCUUACAUCCUGGUGUUGUCACAAUGGCACUGAACAAUGCUCUUUGGAGCCAAGAUGAGGAAAUAUGUCUUUCUAAAAUACCAUCUUCAGACCCAGGCCACUUAAAAACCUUUCAACAGUUGUUAGCAGAUUUUCCUGCUGUGUUUCACCCUUGCAGAUCAGCUACUUCGUUACAUCAUCAUUGGGUACUUAUGGGGCACUAUAAUCUGUUGUGUGAUCAGCAUGUUGAUGUUGUUCCUCCUGCUGGUAGUGUUGUCAACUUCUCUGAUGCAGAAGAUCUGCUAAAUGAUAUGGAACUUGUGAAAUCUCAAGAUGUCAAGGAGGAAGCUGUUGCACAGGAACUUAUGAUAUCUGACAGACAAGCAAAAAGGGAAAUGCUACAGCUAGAGAAAGAGAUGCCAGUUUGGAGUGAAAUGUUAAGUGUGGCACCAUCUCCUCUUUUUGAUGAAGGUGUGCUAGCUAUAUUAAAGGGGCGUGUUGUGCAGUUCAUGAUGAGAGCACAUGAAGUUACAAUUGGACGGAAGUCAGAGUCUAAACAAGUGACAUUUGACUUGUCACUGGAGGGACCAGCAUAUAAAAUAUCUCGUCAUCAGGCUACUAUCAGACUAAACAGUGAUGGCAUAUUUACAAUUAAAAAUGAGGGAAGGCGUCCAUUAUACAUUGGUGGACAAGUAGUUGUUACUGGUGAAACAGCACACCUUCAAGAUAAUCAAGUAUUAGAAGUGGCUACAUUCUCGUUACUAGUGCUACUAAAUAAUGACAUAUCUAAUGUACAGUAACAAUUAUUUUGUCAUUCAUUCCUCAAGUAACUGUAGUGGCUGAUUUUUAAUUAUAAUGUGUUGACUUAUAUUCACAGAUACAUCUAUACAUGUA